AUGGAACCAUACAGACUCACAGCCACCCAAUCCCUUCCUCUCAUCCAAGACGCAAAAUUGAGCGUCGAGAACUACGCCCGCUCCCUUCUCUCCCGGAUCGAGUCACGCGAUCCCACCGUGCAAGCAUGGGCAUAUCUAAACCCUGAACAAGUCCUUGAACAAGCCCGUCAAUUGGAUCGAGUGCCCAUCGAUCAGCGAGGCCCAUUACAUGGUGUUCCCAUUGGUGUGAAGGAUGUCAUCUAUACUAAGGACAUGCCAACAGAGCACAACUCCCCUCUCUACAAAGACAGCAACGUCCCCGUCGAUGCAGCCUCUAUCGCAAUCCUUCGCGCUGCAGGGGCACUGAUUUUCGGGAAAACAACAACGACUGAAUUCGCUUCUGUGACAAUCGGUCCCAAGACAAUCAAUCCGCACUCUCUGCCCCCAAAUUCAAUUCGCACGCCCGGCGGUUCAUCCUCUGGCUCUGGCGCCGCAGUCGCAGACUUCCACGUACCCCUUGCCCUGGGAACACAAACAGGUGGGUCAACCAUCCGGCCGGGCUCAUUCAACGGUAUCUACGCGUUUAAACCGACGUGGGGCGCUGUGAGUCGCGAAGGGCAGAAGGUAUACUCGCUCACGCUAGAUACAUUGGGGAUUUUUGCCAGGGGGGUGGGUGAUUUGAAGCUGGUGGCUGGGGUGUUGGGGAUUAAGGAUGAUCAGAAACCCAGGAAGGCUGAGAGUCUCAAAGGGGAGAAGUUUGGGCUUGUCAAAGGUCCGGUUUGGGGUCUUGCGGGACCUGGCACAAUUAAUGCGAUGGAGAAAGCAAGGUGUCUCCUUCAGGCACACGGAGCAAUCGUGGAAGACGUGGAGCUUCCCCCCGAAUUUGACAAUAUGCCAGACUGGCACGCAAAAAUCAUGGCUGCAGAUGGACGAACAACUUUCCUGUCCGAGUACCGGAUGGACAAGAACAAGCUACAGGACUUCUUGGUCAACCAGGUUGAGAAUAUCAACGGGUGGACACAUGCGCAAGAAAUCGCUGCUUUUGAUGGCGUUGCGACGCUUAGACCGGUUAUUGAUGACAUCGCAAAUCGCUACUCUGCGCUGCUGACACCCAGCGUACCCGAUGAAGCGCCUGAGGGGACUCUGAGGACGGGCAGUGCAGCGUUUAAUGGGAUGUGGACGGCGCUCCACACCCCCGUCGUGAAUAUCCCCGGAUUUCAAGGAACCAACGGCAUGCCAAUUGGGUUGUCACUUGUGGCGGCCAGGUUUCAUGACGAGCAUCUUCUUUCCGUGGCAGAGGCUGUAGGGGCGGUUUUUGAGGCAGAGGGGGGAUGGAAGUCAGCUUUGUGA